UUUACUGAGCUUUUUUAUUCUUAUGGUUCCUGCUAUAUUAUCAUCAACAAUGGAGAAAAAAACUAAAAUUCCGCCAUUGAUGAAUGCUGUGAAAGACGAAAAAAACACUGAAAUUACUCCUUCCUCAUCGUCGUCGUCGCAUCAAAGGGAAACAAACCUCAUUGAUCUGACAAUAGACAUUCAAAUCAAUAUCCUCCACCGAUUAUCAAUGAAAUCCCUCUUUCAAUUCCGAUCCGUCUGCAAAUCGUGGCGUACUCUGUUAUUAACACGUGAAAUCGCCGUUCAUUUGGAUCAAGUUUCCGAUAAGAUAUACACACUGACGACAAAUGCUGGCGAAUUGUGGUGUCGCGGGAUUCAUAGAUUUAAAAUUCCGAUCGAAUUGCAAUCCCUAGAAUUCAUGCUAUUGGAGCCUGUUAAUGGAAUUAUCUGUAUUAUUGGGCCUGUAUCUUCUCAUGUUACUUUUGCUUACUUAUGGAAUCCUUUAACGAAUGAAUUCAAACAUUUGCCUAAACCAAAUGUUCAAAUGGGAUAUGUUGCUGUUGGUUUCGGGUUCGGAUUUGUUCCGAAAAGCAAUGAUUACAAAGUAGUGAGGGUAGUUCAACAUGAGAGGAAAUUCGAUUCGCAUGCUCAGGUUUACUCGUUGAAUCGAGGUUCAUGGAGGAGAGUUAAAGAUGAUUCAUGUUCGAGUAGUAGUGCCUGGAUGAAUAGAAUUCUCCAAGGUGUUGUAACUGUUGAUCUGGAGAAUGAAGUGACUACUGAGGAGGAACGUAUGUGCUUCGAUCAUAAAAAUCACCAGGCGGAGGAUCAUAGAAGGAAGCAUUGUAGAACAAACACUUGGAAAGAUGACAGAGAUGCUAUAUUGUUGACUCUUCCUGUAGACGAACUGGUUUUAUCCGAGAGACCACGUAGCAAGAAAUAUAGCUACAGAUCAUCAAUAAAAUUCGAUUUUUCUGGGAGCCUUGUUUCACUCAGCAGAAAUCAUGACGAUCUUGGCUAAUAGGUUGGAAUCCUUUUGAAUCUUCUUGGUACUUUGGAUUUAAGUUAUAUGCACUGACUACGUGAAAAUCUUUUACACUGUCAAUUCAUAGUACUUAUAUACUCUUUGCGUUUUGCUUUUGUUCCCAAAUCUGUCUGGUGCAUGGUGAAAUCGCAGCAUAUUAGGCCUUUGAAGAUCAAAAUUUUGAUACUGAGUAAGUUGCUUUUAGUCGCGUUUGUUCUGUUUUGCAGAUGUAGCUGGUGAUCAAGAACAAUAAUGAGUGGCGCGGCGCCAAUAAGUAUCAUCGGGUUUCCUUUUGUAGUCUCAACUAUUAAGUGUGAAUUGAGGUUUUUUAGAUUAUAACAGUGAAGCUUUUAGCACUACUUCUUGAUGAUCUUUUGAUGAUUGUACAUACUUUAGUUAGUUAAAUGGAGAUUCGAAAAACAAAUCUAUGUGAUCGACAUUUUCACUUUGAUA